GCCAUUUAGUCCAUGAUCAUUGGUUUCUUUCCCUAAGGGGUAUUUGGGAUUUUGGUUGACCUUAACAUUCUCUGUUUCUUAUAUUUUUUUUAGCAGUAUGGAGGUGAAAAGCACAAACCAGAUAGUAGCAGCCAUGGAUUCCGAUUAUGACAGAAAAGCUGAAAUCAAAGCAUUUGAUGAGACAAAAACUGGGGUCAGAGGUCUUGUAGAUUCUGGGAUAAAAAAAGUUCCUCGUAUGUUCCAUUCUGGUAUUGACAUAACUGAAAACAUAGCCACUGACUCAAAAUUGAGUGUUCCUCUCAUAGACCUGCAAAACAUACACACCAACCCUGCUCUGCGAAAAGAAGCUGUCACAAAAAUUCGCAGUGCAUGCCAGGAGUGGGGUUUUUUUCAAGUGAUCAAUCAUGGAAUUCCAAUUCCAGUUAUGGAUGAGAUGAUUGAUGGAAUCAAAAGGUUUCAUGAACAAGAUCCUGAAGUAAGGAAACAGUUUUACUCUCGAGAUUUGAAGCACAAAUUUCUGUAUUAUUCCAACACCAGCCUCUACAAGGACAAAUUUGCUAACUGGAGAGAUACAGUUGGAUGUUCUAUGGCUCCCAAUCCUCCCACACCAGAGGAAUUGCCUGAAGUGUUUAGAGAGAUAAUUACUGAAUAUUCGAAGGAAGCAAUGACACUGGGUUGUACAAUUUUUGAGUUGUUGUCAGAGGCUCUUGGCCUUAAUCCAUCUUAUCUCAAAGACUUGAAUUGUGCAGAAGGACUUUUCAUUCAGGGCCAUUACUAUCCACCUUGUCCUGAACCUGAAUUAACUUUGGGCACCACCACCCACACUGAUACGGCCUUCAUCACAAUACUUCUACAAGACCAACUGGGUGGUCUUCAGAUUCUUCAUGACAAUCAAUGGUUAAAUGUUCUUCCUGUGGAUCGAGGUCUUGUUGUAAACGUAGGAGAUGUUAUGCAACUUAUAACAAAUGACAAGUUUUCGAGUGUUUAUCACCGGGUCUUGGCAAACCGUGGAGGGCCAAGAGUUUCAGUAGCUGCCUUCUUUUCAAAUAAUUCACAUGAUCUAGAAAAAGGUAUAACAAAGGUUUAUGGUCCAAUUAAAGAGUUAUUAUCGAAGGAAAACCCACCAAUCUAUAGGAACACUUCCAUAGGAGAGAUCAUGGCUCACCAUUUUGCUAAGGGGCUUGAUGGGAACCAUGCUUUGAACCCUUUCAGGUUGUGAAAGGAACAGAUUUCGACCAAGAAAAUGACUUGAUGAUUGAAGUACUCCAGAUUCUCAUGGAGAUGGCUGUGUCGUGUUAUUUGUAGUUCCUUGCAGUGUCUUAAUUAUCCAUUACAUGUUACCUUUGUAAAAGUUCUUCAUUAUAAUAAGAUCAAUUAUUUUAGCAGUUCA